AACUGCAUAGGGGCUUCCGAAGUUAGGGUUGGUACAGUUGUGAAAUAACAAACCAACUUCAAAAAACAGUCCUUAGUUUUGGGCUUUUGUUUCAUGCUGGUAACAAUCAACCUCACUCACCCUAAUUUCUCUCUCUCUUCCUCUUCCUCUUCCUCUUCUCUUAUUCACCUCUCAAAUCAACUGAUACUUCUUCCUAAAGAGUCUCAUCUCAUACCCCACUCUCUCUUUCUUUCUCUCUCUGUAUCUGUGUUUCUGAAAUGGUGCUCGCGGAUUAUUACAUUGAAAAGAGUUUAGGAAUAGACUCGCAGGGAGAGACUCUGAGAGCCAUUGCGUUCAAGGACUACUCGUCAGUCACCUUGAAGAUUCUUCACUUUGAAACAUACGAUGGGCCCCUCCUCAACUUCGAUCAAGAAAUCUCAAUCGUUUACUCAAUCCCAAGCUCGAUCUACAUUGUCCAAAUCUUAGACCUGGAUAUCUAUAUGGAUCUACUUUUGAGGUGCUGGACCUUCCUGAUCUUUGAGGCCAUGGAUAUGGACCUCAAAGAAUUCAUCAGAUUAGGGCAACAGUUGAACGCCAAACGUAUCAAGAGCUUCUUGUACCAGCUUUGCAUGGGUGUGAGUUACAUUCACAGUCACUCCAUUAUUCAUAGGGAUUUGAAACCGAGAAAUAUUUGGGUGAACAAGAGCAAGGGUGUGGUCAAGAUUGAGGGCUUUGGGUUCGCACAGAGAGAUCGCACCCCACAAGAAGAACGCGUAUUUCCUGAGGCCGGUCUUUCAUGGUACAGAGCUCCUGAAGUGUUAUUGCAUGGCCCAUAUUCAACCCCUUGCGAUAUGUGGUCCCUCGGUUGCAUAUUUGGUGAAAUGGUUGUGAGGAAACCGCUGUUUGGUGAAUACUCACAAAUCGAGCAGUUACAUGAAAUUUUUCAAUUGGUGGGAACCCCAGAUGAAGAUGCGUGGCCUGAUUUGCUGACAUAUGAAGGUUGGCAUCAGUUUCCACAAUGGCGUGGAAGAGACCUCUCCCUCACCUUUCCCACUUUGGAACCCGAUGGCCUCGACCUUCUCUCUAAAAUGCUUCAGGUGAAUCCCACCACACGCAUCUCGGCAAGGGACGCCUUGGACCACCCCUAUUUCGACAGCCUUGACAAAUUCCAAUAUUGAAUCCUCUCUCUCUCUACAAACUCUACAUGUGAAGGUCUAGUAUUAUAUGAAUCCUCUCUCUCUCUCUCUCUC